UCAGUAAAAUGCGAUGUGUUAAUACUCAGUUGUUUUUCUUCUAUCUUCAUUAAGUGUCAGUGUGUUAUUUCUUCAGAGAAUAUUCUGAGUAUAUAUAACGUUAUAAACUACGUGGUGGUGUUGUCUUUUCUACACAUAGGCAGGCUCCACGAAGAGCCCGCAAGCUCGGGAGGUUGACCUUGGCGUCGCACGGCCGCAGGUAUAUAAGCAGCACCGUCCGCCACGGCCUGUCGGAGACACCGCGUCGCCCCGCCAGCCGACUGCCGGAGCCACGAGCGAUGCGCGCGCCCGCAGGGAUGUCCGUGCUGGUGCUGGUGGUGUUGGCAGCCAUGGCCGGCACGCAGGGACAGCUGCGGUGGUUACAGCUGGAGACGCUGCAGGAGGGGCUGUCCUGGCUGCUCGGCAGCCCCGGGUCCCCGGACAUGCUGCGCAGGAGCAGGCACGGCGCCAGCUUCUGGGUCGCCGGCACAGAGAAAUUUCAGGACAGAAUUGCCGACGACGUUCCUUUCCCGUGUCCGACGGAAGGGCACAGAUCGCCAGAAGCGCCUUCGAGCGUCCACCGCCUCCGCCCGGGAGACAUAGACGUGGUGGCCGCCAUGGGAGACAGCCUCACCGCCGGGAACGGCAUCGCGGGGGGCAAUGUGAUGCAAGUGCUGAUCGAGAACAAGGGGAUGUCGUGGUCAAUAGGGGGACAGGCCACCUGGAGGGAGUUUCUGACCCUGCCCAACAUCCUCAAAGAGUACAAUCCACGUCUGAUUGGCUAUUGCGACCACGACACCUGGAGCCAGAGGAAGGAUUCGCAGUUCAACGUGGCUGAGGCGAUGGCCACGAGUGCGGACAUGCCUCGACAGGCUAGACUGCUGGUCGAAAGGAUUGUGGCUGACCCCAGUGUGGAUAUGCUAAGACACUGGAAGAUGGUGACAAUAUUCAUAGGUGCCAACGAUUUCUGUCUUGGCAUGUGUUACAGAAAUGUAACUGCAAUACCUCGUAACUGCAAAAGUGCAUUGAUGAAAGCACUAGAUUACUUACAAGCUAAUUUGCCUCGCACUUUUGUCUCUCUGGUUGCUACUAAAAACAUGGAGAUAGCAACGAGAGUGAAGGGCCGACCACUCGUCUGCAAGAUAAUGGGUCAGAUCAUGUGCCCUUGUCUGGUUGGCUACGGCUUCAGUGACCGACAGCAAGAGUUCAAGAACAUCAUGGACCAGGUGCAGCGGGCAGGAUUUGAACUGGUUGACUCUGGUCGCUACAACAAGAAGAAAGACUUCACCGUGGUCAUGCAGCCAUUCACAGUCGACUCUCAGUUCAUUGAGAAGGAGACUCCGCAUGGGACGGUGACGGACUUCUCGUACUUUGCGGCCGACUGUUUCCACUUCAGCCAGAAGUCGCAUGCAAAAAGUGCUAACAGCUUGUGGAACAACCUGCUGGAGCCGGUCGGCAAGAAAACGACGGCCUGGGAUAAACCUUUCAGGACCUUCAAGUGUCCAACACCGGAGCAGCCGUACUUCUACACCAGCGAGAACAGCGGGGCACAAAACAGUGGCGCUGACACCAACACUACAGAAAAAUAAAUUUAAACUAAAGUUA